AUGUUUCGAUUCGUCGCGAUUCAAGUCAAGGACGAUGGCACGGUAGCGGCCGCGGGCGACAGCGACGGUGGCGGUGACACACCUGCCACAAUGCCACCCAUCCCAAGAGAUCAGCAAACUGACGCUGGUGUCGGGGUCAAGGUCGCUAUCAGUCCUUCCGCCUCUGGAGGACUCACCAUUCACAUCCGCACCAAGAUCGAAACGUGGUGGUCUUUCAUUGAGGCUGCAGUCAUCCAAGUCGGAGAUCAAAUGCUAGAAGUUCGUGGUCGAGAGGAGGGAGAAGAAGCCCGCUAUUGGGUCAAUGGAUUGGAAGGCGACGAAAACGUUGCCAACGACACAAACCUCGCGGUCAUGCAGGAUGCUCUUGCCAACAACCUCAAGGGCUUCAAGAUCAUUCACAAGAAGGUCAGCAAAAAACAGCAAGCGUUCCGUAUCAACCUCAACAACCAAGGCGACUCUGUCAGCAUCCGAACAUUCAAGGACUGGGUGUCCGUGAACCUUCACGUCAACCCCAAGGCACACAACUUUGACGGCGUCUCUGGUGGUAUGAUGGGGGCCUAUCCUAGCGGGGCUAUGUUGAUGCGCAACGGCGCUACCAUUGCCAGUGACCCCAAUGAGUUUGGAAACGAGUGGCAGGUUCGUGCCGACGAACCCAUGUUGUUCCACGAUCGCGCCGGACCCCAGCAUCUCGAGAAAUGUAUCAUGCCGACAGCCGAGAAGACCUCUGAAGAGCGCCAGAGGGGUCGCCUAGGCGAAACGCUCAUUACUGAGGAUGAUGCCGAGCUAGCUUGUGCCCGUGUGAGCCCCAAUAGCUUCAAACAGUGUGUAUUUGAUGUGCUUGCGACCAACGACAAGGACAUGGCCGGGGCUUAUUGA